CAGACCAGGUUGACCCGAGAUGGCGAUGUUGUUGGACGGUGGAGCCCAGUUUCCGAGCCUGGGCGUCGGUAGCUUCGCUGGCCCGCGGCACCAUGAGCUUUCCAACCGAGAGCCGAGCCUGGGCCUCAGUCCGUUCUGCGAUUCGCCUCACCCCGGAGCUUUCAAACUGAGCCCGGCGCCUCCGGAGCUGUCGGCCGGCCAGGCGUCCGCUUUCAGCCCGCAGGGAGGCGGCUACGCGACCGCUCUGGGUCCGCACGCCGUUCCGGUCGGAUCCUACAGCGGGACAUCUUUCAACUCCAGCCGGGAGUUCCUGUUCCGCAGCCGGAGUGUUGGCAUCGCCGAUUCCCCUUCCACAAGUGCACAGCAAGGCAUCUUCCCGUCUCCGGGAGGGGCUCUGCACGCCCCCCCGGGGGUAAAUGACAGUCCGGGACACCUCCUGUUUCCAGCACUGCACGACCAAGCGGCCACUCACCCCUCUCCCAAUGGGCAUGUGGUGAACGGCCAGAUGCGCCUGGGCUUUCAUGGCGAUCUCUUCGGCAGAGGGGACCCUUACCGAGCGGUGAGCAGCCCCCGGACUGAGCCGUACCCUCCGGGCCACCUGCACAAGUACGGCCCCAUGAACAUGAGCGCACACCAUCACCAUGGAGCCGGCGCUUUCUUCCGCUACAUGAGGCAACCCAUUAAGCAGGAACUGCCUUGCAAGUGGAUGGAGGAAGUUCAGAUCCACCGCAGCAAGAAGGUUUGCCAGCGGACUUUCAGCAGCAUGCACGAACUGGUCACUCACAUCACCAUCGAGCACGUUGGGGGACCUGAGCAGAGCAACCACGUUUGUUAUUGGGAGCAGUGCCCGCGCGGAGGCAAAUCGUUUAAAGCCAAAUACAAGCUCAUUAAUCACAUCCGAGUGCACACGGGCGAGAAACCCUUCCCAUGCCCCUUCCCAGGAUGUGGGAAAAUCUUCGCCCGCUCGGAAAACCUCAAGAUUCACAAACGGACCCACACAGGCGAGAAACCGUUUAAGUGCGAGUUUGAAGGGUGCGACAGGAGGUUCGCUAACAGCAGCGACCGUAAGAAACACAUGCACGUCCAUACCUCCGACAAACCGUACAUCUGCAGGAUGUGUGACAAAUCUUACACUCACCCCAGCUCCCUCCGCAAACACAUGAAGGUACACGAACCCCAGGGUUCAGACAACUCUCCAGCCCCGAGUUCCGGUUAUGAAUCUUCCACUCCCCCAAGCCUGCUGUCUACAAACAGCGAGGAGCCCAGUAAAAACCCGGGCCCGGCCGCACACACCACCAACCCCAACCCGCCGCUGCCGCCGAAUUUUAACGAGUGGUAUGUUUGAGAAGUGAACGGGAAGCGUGUUCCCACCUCGGAGCCGGCAGCCUGGAUCUGUUGAAACUUUACCGGGAGUUCUUUUUUUCAUAAGGAAGAGAAGAUUUGUGAUUUCUGUAGGGGACGGCCGGCACUGACGGAAGCUCCGAGAGAUAAUGGCCAGCAGGGUUUUACAAAAAAAACAGGGGCGAGUUUUGGUGUUUGGCUCCAGCCUUGAUAGAGACUGACCGCCCGCCCAGUUCCCCCAGGAUCCGAAUUGGACUGUGGCUUCAUUGGAGAGGUGAUUAUUGCUUGUUUCUGGGGCCGUUGCAGUUUCGGUUUGUUUUCGAAAGUUUUUCUUUUGAUUUUUUUGGGAGUGAGGGGAACAGAGAGAGAGAGAGAGAGAGAGAGAACCUCGCUCCGACCAUAUGUUUGGAUCGUGGCACCUAAAAGAUUGAUUGAUUGUCAGAUUCACACAGUCAUACUAAGUGCCAAAGUUCUGUCAUGUCUGCAACUUCUUAAACACAAAAAAAUUGUGAAUGUAUCUCCUGUUCGAUUGGGUCAAAUCUGUUGUCGUUUUAGUGCUGGGUGUGGUGAUCCUGUCACUGGGAUUUUGACGGUUAAAUAUAAACGUUGCCUUUUUAACUAUUUUCCUGUAAAUGUACAUAUUCAUAAUGUCAUAUUUAUCACUUUGUAAUUUAAUUAUCGGUAUUUACGUGCCGCGCUGAAACAAUAUUUAUGAAGAAUCAUUUUCUAACGAAACCUAUGUACAGUUUUUUUUUGAGAAAAAAGGGUUAUA